AUGGGUUUCGCUGCCUUCCUACGGGCCGUCGUGCGCAACGACGCCAUGCGCAGUGACUCCGAGGCCGUCUACAACGGCAGAACCGUCGCGCUCGUGUGCUGCGCCUGUUUCGGCGGCAUGCUCUUCGGCUGGGACACUGGCGCCAUCGGCGGCGUCCUGGCCAUGGACGAGACGCGGCGCAGGUUCGGGUACGCGGAUAGGUCCCGGGCGGACAAGGCCAACCUGGACCAGAACAUAGUCUCGACGCUGCAGGCCGGCUGUUUUGUCGCUUGCCUGGUGACGUGCUGGUUUGCCGACGCGUUUGGCCGACGCCCGAGUCUCGUUGCCUCGGGGCUCGUUACCUGUGCGGGUGUCGUCCUGCAGGCUGCAUCGGCGGCAAACGGCACCCUGGCAGUCAUGUACGUUGGGCGCUUCGUUGCCGGCCUUGGUGUUGGCGCUGCCUCGGCCCUGACGCCGCUGUAUGUGUCUGAGUGUGUUCCGCGAGCCAUUCGUGGAGGAUUAACUGCGUUCUAUCAGCUCUUCAAUGUCUUUGGCAUCAUGAUCGCUUUCUGGGUCAACUACGGCUGCGUGUUGCAUGUUGGUGCGCCGGCAGUCUACAUUGUCCCGCUGGCCUUGCAAGCGUUGCCCGCCCUUCUUUUGAUUGCUGGUAUGCUUGUUUCUCCGGAAAGUCCUCGAUGGUGCGCCCGCAAGGAUGACUGGGAUGGAACAACUAGAAUUCUCGUCAAGCUGAGAAGACUCCCGGCCGAGUCUGCCUACAUCUCGCAAGAAGUUCAAGAAAUGGCAGACCAGCUCGAGCACGAGCGCCGUCUCGUCGGCGAUGCCACUUUCAAGACGCUAAUGAGGGAAAUGUGGCUUGUUUCUGCCAACCGAAAGCGUGCCGUCAUCACCGUCGUUCUCAUGAUCUGCCAACAGCUUACGGGAGUCAAUGCUAUCAACUACUAUGCUCCUCAAAUCUUCAGCAACCUCGGCAUGACGGGAACCGACUCGUCGCUCUUCGCCACGGGAGUUUACGGUGUCGUCAAGACUGUAUCCUGCAUCCUGUUCCUCGUCUUCGUUGCCGACUCGUUGGGUAGGCGAAGAAGUCUGCUCUGGACCAGCCCGAUGUUGAUGACUGUCUUGUUCAUUAUCGGUAUCUACGGACGCGCCCAACCUCCCGUUGAAGGAGAGCCAGUAUCUGCCUUUGGAUACGUUGCCAUUACCUGCAUCUACCUUUGGGCAGCUUUCUUCCAAUUCGGAUGGGGUCCGGCUUGCUGGAUCCUGGUCAGCGAGAUCCCUACGGCGCGACUUCGAGCGGUCAAUCUUUCUCUCGGGGCGGCCACUCAGUGGCUCUUUAAUUUCAUCAUGGCGCGAACUGUGCUCACCAUGCAAAACACCAUGGGCUACAAGGGUUAUGGCAUGUUCUUCCUGUUUGGCAGCUUCGACUUUUUCAUGGGAGUUUUCGUGUAUCUGUUUGUGCCAGAAACCAAGGGCGUCAGCUUGGAGAAGAUGGACGAGCUCUUUGGCAUGACGGACAGGGUGAAGCAGCUUGAUGAAGAGCCAGAGGCAGGACGCGCACGGGAGGAGCGGGGGCCUAGCGUUCGCUAA